UUCACAUAAGGUAGGGAACUAAAAAAUACCAAAGAUUGGAGGAAUAUCUAGGGUUUUCGUAGGCGCGCUUCGGUUGAUAUCGUAAUUCUUUGGGUCGUUUCCGUGUUUCCUCCCUCAAAUUCCGAGAUGGGUCAGCGGUGGAGAUCCAGAGAACAAGCGAGCGAGAUGGGAGAUGAAGACAGCGCCGGUGAUGCAGUGAUCCUUCUAAGCAGCGACGAUCAGGAGGCCAACGAAGAUCUUAGCUUGGCGAUAGUAGCUAAAGCUCGCCUACGCGAGGCCAAGCGGAAUAGGGCCAAGGAUAAAGAGAAAUGUCGGGCGUUUUUCAUAGAUCUCUCCACUUCUUCGGCUGACGAAGUUGAGGUUGUUCGUGAUGGAAUAGCCGCCGGUAGAAGGGAGGGGGUUGUGGUGGGCACGAAAGAGGAAGUCAAGAGGAAGCGGAAGAGCAAGCCGAAGAAGAAGGCGAAGAAGGAAGUUGAUUAUGUACUUGUAACAGAACAGCCUGAUGCUCCUGAGGCUGAGAAAGAGGAACCAGCUGGAACUUCUGAUUCUGUGAUAGAAGUCGGCACUGAAAAAUCCAAUAACCUAGUCUUGAGAAAGCUUCUGCGUGGCCCAAGAUACUUUGAUCCGGGUCCUGUCAAUUGGGAGACUUGCUAUAACUGCGGAGAGGAAGGUCAUACAGCUGCAAACUGCAUGGAGGAGAGGCGACAGAAGCCUUGUUUUGUCUGUGGGAAGUUUGGUCACAUUGGGAAGCACUGCAUGCAGGGACAAGACUGCUUUGUCUGCAAAAGAAAGGGCCAUCAUGCAAAGGAGUGCCCGGAUAAGCGCAAAAACAAUUCCGAUGAAUCCAUAAGCAUAAUAUGCUUACGUUGUGGAGAUCUAGGACAUGAUAUGGCAUUCUGCAGAAAAGAUUACGCAUCUAGUGAUAUCAAGGAAAUACGAUGUUACAUUUGCAAGCAAUAUGGUCAUCUGUGCUGUGUUGAUUACAAGGACAAUGGUCCAAUUGAAAUAUCUUGUUACAAUUGUGCUGAGUUUGGUCAUACUGGCCAAGGUUGUGCAAAACAACGGUGUGAAACUACUGUUAUGACACCCACUCUUUGCUACAAAUGUGGUCAAGAAGGGCAUUUUGCAAGGGGUUGCACAAAUAAACUAAAGUCUGUGAAGCGUCUCGGAGAGUCAUCUAUGCCUAUUAGUCAAUUAAAAGCUAAAAAAGAUGCUAAAGUGUCAAAGUCCCUACCUCGCGAUUUUGGGAGAGAGCAUAGAAAGAAAAGCUCUUACUGUGAUAAGAGCACGAGAACUAUGAAGUCUAAGGGUGGCUGGAUUGUUGACGAUAUAGGUUACUUGCCUAGAAAGAUACAAAGAACAAAGGCUUGGGCAUCUCCCACCACACCAUCAGAUAUGACUAACAGGUUUCAGCCAGCAUCUUCUGUGAGCCGCUAUUCUGGCUAUUCGAGCUUUUCGAGUCCGCACACACCACAUCUGAAGUAUAAUGGUCACUUAGGAACUCCAAUCUCACGUGUUUAUACUGGCAGUUACCAUCAUGAUUCUACAGGCAGUUACCAUCAUGGUUCUUCAGGCAGUUACCAUCAUGAUUUUUCUGUCUCAAGAUUUGGGUACUCUUAUGGUUACUAUGGUUGAGUUUUGGCUGUAAAGUGUGCUGCACAGCUGGAACCGUCCUUUGUUAAGUUCUGUGGUUUCAUCCUCCAAUUCAUUGAAACAGUGAGUACUUAGCAUUUGCUUGCUUAGAAUUCAUGAUCUGGUCAUGUAUGGAUUCUCUGUUAAGUAGUAAUGAUAUGAAAAAAAAGUCUACUUAGCUCAAGUUGUUUCUGGCCACUGUGGUUUAUGGAAACAACUAAAUUGGAUGCAUUCCUACCCUUUUUUUGUAGUAACUCAUGACCUUUAAAUUGUAAUGUAACCUACCCUGUAUCUUAGUGAUUAUAAUAAUACAUAUAUAAUUCCAAACUGUUUUUGGUUAGUCUUGUAAAGGUAUGAAUAAUAUUGUGAUCUUGCUAAGUUUUGGCUAAUAUUGUUGUUAUUCAGCCUAACUUGUUUCACUGUUUCAAGUGCACACUGGAGGACUUGUCUAUGAAGCGAUAUAUUUGCUUGCUGUUUUGGCUCAGGAUUUGUCUGAAGUAUAUGAUUUUCAA